AAUGAGCCUUGUUUAGUGCCAUUACUUCAGUUCAGCCAGAGACCACUCUGUGCGUCUCUCUGUGCGCGUCUCUCGGAUACUCCGCUGCUCAACCUCACUGGACAAUACAACCUGCUUUAAUAAUAGCAUAUGUUGCAUUUGGAACUACAAGACAUCUAUCUAGAUGGAAUUAACGUUGUAUUUAAUACUAAUCGGGAGUGGUUGAAGAAGAAGCGCGUGUUUUCCUCAAAGGAAAUUCGGAGUGCAUGGUUGUCUUUCUGACUAUGGAAUUAAGGCGAUCAAUGAAAAGUUGGAUUUUAUGAACAGCGACUCAUUGCCUUGGAUCCAUAAAAUGGAGAGAUAAAGCGUGUAACUCCCCAAGCUUAAGAAGGAGAACGUAUUUGGCACCACCACACAGGGAGAGGAAAUGCACAGAGCCUGGGUACUCCUUAUUCUGAUAGAAGAGGGAUUUGCUCUGGCACAGAGAACUAAAGAGUCCUUUUCUCAGAAUGAAAGCAGUCCACCUCAGAAUCUUAACGAAUGUGGCACCUGGGUCCGCAACAUCAACGGGGGAGUCUUCACAUCCCCCAACUACCCCAACACAUACCCCCCUAACAAGGAGUGUGUUUACAUCUUGGAAGCUCUCCCUCGUCAAAGAAUCCAGUUGGCCUUUGAUAAGAACUACUACAUGGAGCCCUCCUUUGAGUGCCGCUUUGAUCAUAUCGAGGUACGGGAUGGUCCAUUUGGCUUCUCACCGAUCAUCGACCGCUUCUGUGGGUCGAAGAGCCCAGGCCUGGUCACAUCCACGGGCCGCUUCAUGUGGAUCAAGUUCACCAGCGACGAGGAGCUGGAGGGUGUUGGGUUCCGUAUCAAAUACACCUUUAUAGCAGACCCAGAUUUUCAUCUGCAUGUGGGUGGACUGUUAAACCCGAUUCCAGAUUGUCAGUUUGAGAUUGGUGGCUAUGAUGGUGUUAUCCGCUCCAGUCAGGUAGAAGAGGAGGAUAAGAUUAAGACUGGUGAUGCUCUGGACUGUAUCUGGACCAUCCGCGCUCCUCCUCAGUCCAAGAUUUACAUUCGGUUCCUGGAAUACCAGAUGGAGCACUCCAACGAGUGCAAUAAGAACUUUGUGGCAGUGUACGAUGGCAGCAGUGCCAUAGAAAACCUAAAGGCCAAGUUCUGCAGCACCGUGGCUAAUGACGUCAUGCUAGCCAACGGGGUGGGAGUGGUGAGGAUGUGGGCCGAUGAGAAGAGCCGACUCAGCCGCUUCCAGAUGCUCUUCACCUCAUUCGUCGACCCCCCGUGCAAUAGCAACACGUUCUUUUGCCAUAGCAACAUGUGCAUCAAUAACUCAUUGGUGUGUAAUGGGGUUCAAAAUUGUGUCUACCCCUGGGAUGAGAACCAUUGUAAGGAGAAGAAAUCCAAUGGCCUGUUCCAUCAGAUCACUAAUACCCACGGCACGGUGAUCGGCGUGUCCUCAGGCGUGGUUCUAGUCCUACUCAUCAUCUCCAUCCUGGUCCAGAUGAAGCAGCCUAGGAAGAAGUUGGUAGCCCGCCGGCCAGUCUUCAACAAGGCUGGCUUCCAGGAGGUCUUUGACCCUCCCCAUUACGAGCUUUUCUCCCUCCGUGACAAGGAGAUCUCCUCUGACCUGGCCGACCUAUCAGAGGAGCUGGAGAGCUACCACAAGCUGCGCCGCUCCUCCACCACGUCGCGCUGUGUCCACGAGCACCAUUGUGGCUUGCAGGCCUCGGGGGGCAGCAUGAAGCAGAGCCGCACCACCCUCAGCUCCAUGGAGCUCUCCUACCACAACGACUUCUCCAAGCCCCCGCCCAUGAAGACCUUUAACAGCACCUAUAAGAAAAGCUGCUACGGCUACCAACAGACUCACGACUGCGCCGAGAAGGUCAUUGAAGACCGCGUCAUGGAGGAGAUCCCCUGUGAGAUCUACGUCCGCGGCGGAGCGGCCGGGCCAAGCGCUGGAAGCACUGGGCCAGGAGGCUGUGGCACUCUCAGCUCCCGCAACGGGGGCCGCAAUAACACCAGCAUCGUCGACCCCCAGCAGCGCUCAAUGUCCAUGGACUUCUAGGCGGAG